AUGUACAGUGUGAACACUAAAUGCAGUGCGGGUUUAUCUGUUUGUACGGGCAAGCGUUUUAAGCAAGACAUUUUAGUCCUUUCUGUGGGGAUAGUUAGAGUAGAGUUGAAGCCAGGGAAUGGAUUUGGAUUGCCAAAUAUUCUUGAUGUCACGGUCUUCACCAUUGCCACUCCAGUUUCUUUUGAAACUGCUCAAGAAAUGGAAGGAAAAAUCGCAAAGGCAUUGGAUAGGGUUGCUCUCAAUCUGAAGCGCAAGCGAGCAACCCGUUAUGCUGCACAUUUUAGUGGAGCUACGCAACCAAUUUUUGGCCAUUGGCCAUCGUAUAUGUCACCAACAAGCAGGGUUGUCAAACGGAUGAGAUUGGGUGGAUGUAGAAACAAGCUGACAAAUGCUGGUCCUCAUAUUGGCCGGUCCUUAGUUAGGCGUUUUUCAAAUUAUAAAAAAAGUGGGAGACUGGACCGUUUGAUGUUCUAUAGGAACGGUGAAUGGUGUGACUUUCCUAAGGAUAUUGUAGAAUUGGUUAAGAAGGAUCUUGAAGUCAAGAAACUAGCUGUGGAGAUAGAGUUAAAUCGGUAUCAUCUUGUGUUUGAUUUUUUACAUCUGCAUAAGGUGGACCUGAAAACUGGCUUGCAACAACCUAUAGCUUGGAUUGAUGAGGCAGGGCACUGCUUUUUCCCUGAAAUCUAUGCUUCCACUGAUGAAGAACCUUACAAUAUCAGCCAACAGGAAAGUGGAAAAAGUCCAGAUUCUUAUGCGUCUAAUGAAAUAAAAUUACAUUUAGAAGUUGAAAUAAAUGGAGUGGAUCAAUCCAGAUUGAGUGAGUGUAGUGGGGAGUCCAAUGCUCUAGUUAAGGGUAUUCAAAUUGAUACUAAACAAAACUGCUGUCAAUAUGAUGUAGAAGUUGAAGACAGCAUUAACAAAAAGGACUAUGGAAAUGUUGGUGAAGCUAUUCAGCAAAAUCAAGACAUAGGUUUAGAUGCAUAUACUGAUUCAGUAUAUGGAAAAUUGGAUUUGAUUUCUGUACAAAAGAUGUUUCUUAAGGGAAUGAGUAGUUUUGGCAGUUCUGAUUCUGACAUAAUUGAGAUUUACCACUGCUCAGGUGCUUCAAUGCAAGCACGAUGGGAGCUGUUCCAGAAGCAAGCUGAAAUUACCAAAAAAAUUCAUGGAGAAGCUAACAUUCGGUACGCUUGGCUUGCUUCUUCUAGAAGAGAACUAUCAACAAUGAUGGAGUAUGGACUUGGUCAUUGUGGACUAUCUGGGUCAAAGAGCACAUAUGGAAUUGGUGUUCAUCUUGCAGCUGCUUCCUGCCCUGAUGCCAGUGUGCGAUAUUGUGAUGUUGACGAAAAUGGGGUUCGACACUUGGCCUUCUGUCGUGUAAUAAUGGGGAACAUGGAGAUUCUCUGUCCUGGUACUGGUCAGUUUCAACCCAGUAGUUGUGAAUAUGAUAAUGGGGUGGAUGAUAUUCAAUGUCCGCGACACUACGUGGUGUGGAAUAUGAACAUGAACACCCACAUCUAUCCUGAAUUCGUUGUUAGCUUCAAAGUCCCUUCUGAUGCUGAAGGUCAUUUUUGUGGACAUGAGGUUAAGAAUGUUUCUGGGGUUAAUACAGCCCCACACGGUCCUCUAGGCCUCUCAGAAUCAUCUACGGUAGAUAAUGGAAAAGUUCCUAGUAUGGUUGCUAUAACUCCAAAAGUUCCGAAAUCCCCGUGGAUGCCUUUUCCCGUGCUUUUUUCUGCUAUCAGAAACCAGGUUCCUGCCAAGGAUAUGAAUCUUAUCAAAACACAUUAUGAACAAUUCAGGUCAAAGCAGAUAUCCCGGGAUGAUUUUGUGAAGAUGCUGAGGUUAAUAGUUGGAGAUGCUCUGUUGAGAACUACAAUAACAAAUCUUCAAUACAAGAUACCAUCCAACGGGGACUUAAAUGAAUCAAUCAAGAAGGAAGGCUAA